GCGAAAACCCUCGGGAACAAAUUACAGACGAGACGACGAUUGGCGAUGACAAUGGCGAAAUUCCCUCCGCCGUCGGUCAAGUCACCGUACUUCAGUCUCCAGGAAGCGGCUGUGGACGAAUUCAAGCCAACGGUGCAAAUGUGGAAUCUUCUCCGGGUGAAGAGAAUCACCCUGCUCUUUAAGAAAAGGUGGCCGCGAUUGAACCAGUUUAGGACCAAUUGCAAGUUUCUUUGCCCUGCUGAAAACAUCCCUCAGAAGAUCGCGGUCGAUCUAGAGCAAUCUGGCUGGACAUUAGAGAGCGAAUAUGCAUGUGAGUUCGAUGUUGGUCCAUCGCUGAAGCAUCCAAGUAAGAAUGAGAUCUCUCCCCUGCAUGUAAGGUUGUUUCGACACAAACUUAAAGAUUACAUCACCUAACCCUGUAGACUGGAGUCCCUAAAUGGAAGCUAAGUGCAGUUUCCUUAAACCUGCGUCAAUUUGCUGCUACCCUCCUUGUUCACAUAUGAAGUGCAUGACAGAAUUUUC